CUUCCAAUUCUCAAACUCUUUGUUUAACAUUCAACUCCGAUAACACUCGCCGGAAAACCAGAAAAAGAAGAACUAGGGUUUGUUAAUUUUUGGCCAUGGCUAUGCACGCUGGAGUAGGCUUAACUAAGAUCGUAUUUAUUGUUGGAGCAGGGUAUACUGGUACUUUGCUGUUCAAAAAUGGUAAAUUAUCUGAUGUGAUAGGCGAGCUUCAGAAUCUGGUAAAAAAUUAUGAAAAAUCAGGGGAAUCAGAUGGUGGAGAAUCGGAUGUCAUUGCUGCACAGGUUCGUAGGUUAGCAAUGGAGGUUCGACAGUUGGCUUCGGCACGAUCAAUUACUGUUCUAAAUGGAAGUUCCAGUGGUAAUUGGACAUCUCUGGUAAUGCCAGCUGCUGCAGCGGGUGCCUUAGGUUAUGGAUACAUGUGGUGGAAGGGUUUGUCAUUCUCUGACCUUAUGUAUGUAACAAAAAAGAAUAUGGCAACUGCUGUCUCAAAUCUGACAAAGCAUCUGGACAAUGUCUCCGAGGCUCUUGCUGCUACAAAGAGGCACUUAACACAGCGAAUUGAGAACGUGGAUGGGAAAUUGGAUGAGCAAAUGGAGAUGUCAAAACUAAUAAGGGGCGAGGUUAAUGAUGUGCGUGGUGAUCUGUCCCAGAUUGGUUUUGAUUUGGAUGAAUUAAAUAGGAUGGUUUCUGGUCUGGAUGGCAAGUUACUUUCCUUGGAAGGCAAGCAGGACCUUGCAAAUGCUGGAGUUAUGUACCUGUGCAGUAUUGUCAAUGGAAAAAGGGUGAAGAUGCCUGAGACACUGCAGGAACAGCUUAAAGUUGUGGGCAACUCUACACCUAGUCUGAUGGGCCUUAAAGAACUUGCGGACACCUUACCGCAAAUAAACAGCAACAGGUUUAUUACAGAUGGCAUUACUCAAAAUGGUAUUGAUAAGUUGAGAGAGGCACCUAGACCCCUACUAAGGACGGCCUCUACCAAGUGCUGAUUCAGGGAAAUAUGAGAAAUUCUAUUUUUGUUGUUUUAUCUUAUUUUUUCUGGUGUCACCAACCAGUUGGGAAGUGGGGUGGGUGUGAUUUUUGUAAUGAAUGGCAGCUUCUUGGAUUUGCUUUUCUGGGUUAUAUAAUACUAAGCUUUUUUUUUAAAACCAUGUAUGUAAAGAUUGUUAGCUAAUCGCAAAGAUUUGUACAUGCUGAAAUAAGAACAUGCCACUGAGUGGUAGAAUAUUACAAUGUUACAUUGUUCAUAUUUCACUAUUUAAAUGUCUGGAGAUCUGACUAUUGUCUCUUCGCA